UUAUAGUUCCACGUAUUUACCAGAUAGUGAGGAGAUGCUGCGGAAGCUAGAGAAGGAAAAAGAACUGUUGACCACGCGGAAAUCAUUCCCAAGUGAUAAUGAAGUAUUUGGAUCAGCUGACUGCCAAGAAAUCAUUGAACCUUACGAUGAAGAGGAAGAAAAACAGUGGAGAGAAAGACACAGACAGAAGGAGAAGGAACAUCGACAGAAACUGGCAGAGUUGAGGAAAGGUCGGAAAACUGAAGUAGAGACUGAAGACGAUCUGUGGAAACUACUCGACGCUUUGGAUCAGGAAGAAGAGUUGGAGGAUGAGCUGCACAGGAUGGGCAAAGAUGUGGAGGAAGAAUCUGAUGAAGAGUGCAGUGAUGAUGAGUCAGAGAGUGGAUCCAGUUCAGAAAAUGGUGCUAAACAAAGUGAUACAGAGCUGGAAGUUAGUAAACCCAAAGUUCUGAAACGGAGGGUGUCAUUCAAAGAAGACAAGGAAAAUGACAGGGAAGAAGACAAGGAAAGUGAUGAAAACUGUAUGAAAAUCAUUUUUAAACAUAGCGAUAAUCCUCCAGCUGUUACAUCUGAAUCAGGAAUUAGUAAUCCUGCAGAUAUUUACACGAACUACCAGAAGCAGAGAAUGCCAAAAUCUAUUCUGAAGCCUUCACCAUCUAAUGAAAUUUGUACAUCAGAAGACAGUGAUGAUUAUAUCCAGUUCUCAAGAGUGAAUGAUCCCACUGAAAAACGUGAUACCAGCAGAUUUGACGCACCAAAACAGCAGCCAGCUGAACCAGUUGUUCAGGCCGUUGGAGAAGUGGUGGAACGCACUCCUGUUGCCUCUUCAGCACCUCCUGCUGAACGCCCAGUCAGUCGAUUCAAAGCUACUCGGUUGGCAAACAAGAGAUAAUGUUUAAUCUUUUCAUUAAAGCAUUUUAAUAUCA